GUCCUUUUUCAAGGUCAAGGUGACCCCGCCGACAAACUAAUAAAUAGGGAGUCCAUUCUCAUUCGUUCGCUCGCAGAAUUCAAACGUAAGUAAUUUAAAUUUAAACAAUCUAGAUGAAAAUGCUUUGAAUGGUUAAGUGCUUUAUUAUUGUCAUGUAACCUAUUUAGUCAUGUUAAUGUUCUUCUUAGAACAGCAACACGACUUAUGAUAAUCAGUAACCCUGGAAUAACCUUGAAAAUUCAACCGUUCUUAAGAUUGUCGAAGAGUCUUUUAUUGCGUAUGCUGCUUAUUUUUUUUUUAGAAAUUCAGCUGUUAAUUAAAAAUACUAUGCUUAAUGGUGUAAUACAUAGACGAAUGACUUAGAUAUCGGACGAAUGAAAUUAAUCAAUUCAAAUUCUUUUCUAUAUCCCAUACAGAUAGAAAUAUGUCUAUAAAAGCCAUAAAAGCCCGUCAAAUUUUUGACAGCCGUGGUAAUCCAACUGUCGAGGUAGAUUUAACUACUGAUAAAGGCAUGUUCAGAGCUGCCGUACCCAGUGGAGCAUCAACUGGUAUCUACGAAGCUUUGGAAAUGCGCGAUAAGGCUACAGAAUACCAUGGAAAAGGUGUCUUGAAAGCAGUAAACAAUGUCAAUACUGUUAUCGCAGAAGCUCUUGUUGAUAAGCCUCUAGAUCUAACUAAACAAGACAAAAUGGACAAAUUGAUGAUUGAUUUGGAUGGAACUGAAAACAAAGCCAAAUUGGGAGCAAAUGCUAUUUUGGGCGUUUCUAUGGCAAUCUGCAAGGCCGGAGCCGCUGCAAAAGGCGUGCCAUUGUACAAGCACAUCGCUGAAUUGGCAGGAAACAAAGAACUUAUCUUGCCAGUUCCAGCAUUCAAUGUCAUCAACGGCGGUUCUCACGCUGGAAACAAAUUGGCCAUGCAAGAAUUUAUGUUGCUACCAACUGGAGCGAAAUCUUUCACUGAGGCCAUGCGAAUGGGUUCUGAGACCUAUCACCAUUUGAAAUCUGUCAUCAAAGCCAAGUAUGGCCAAGAUGCUUGCAACGUGGGAGAUGAGGGUGGAUUUGCCCCUAACAUUCAAAAUAAUGAGGAAGGUUUGGAGCUAUUGAAAACCGCAAUUGAAAAGGCUGGUUAUACUGGAAAAAUAAAGAUCGGUAUGGAUGUUGCUGCAUCUGAAUUCUGUAAGGAUACCAAAUACGAUUUGGAUUUCAAAAAUCCAAAAUCUGAUCCAGCAAGCUGGAUUUCAUCCUCAAAAUUAUUGGAUAUCUACAAAGGAUUUGUCAAGAAUUACCCCGUUGUCUCAAUUGAAGAUCCCUACGAUCAAGAUGAUUGGGAUGCCUAUGUCGAAAUGUGCAAAGCCCUUGACAUUCAAAUAGUCGGAGAUGAUCUACUCGUUACCAACCCAAAAAGAGUACAAACUGGUAUUGAUAAGAAGGCCUGCAAUGCUCUCUUGUUGAAAGUUAACCAAAUAGGAAGUGUAACUGAAGCAAUGGAAGCUUGUAAAAUGUCUAUGGAUGCUGGUUGGGGUGUUAUGGUCUCACACAGAUCAGGAGAAACAGAAGAUACCUUCAUUGCCGAUUUAGUUGUUGGCUUGUGCACUGGACAAAUUAAGACUGGAGCACCCUGCAGAAGCGAAAGAUUGGCAAAAUACAACCAAUUGUUGAGAAUUGAGGAAGAUAUUGGCCAAGGGGCUAAGUACGCAGGAGAACACUUCCGUAACCCCAAGGGUAAAGUGUGA